AUGAUUGUUGACGAAACAAAUCGUUUUCAUAGAAAUUCUGCACGCAUAGGCCAGAGUCAUGCAGCUCCAUGGAUCGAUACAACAACUAACGAAAUAUAUAUAUUUUUAGCUACAGUUAUGUUAAUGCCUCAUUUGAAAAAAAACCGUAUUCGUGAUUAUUGGUCAACAGAUCGUCUCAUCGCAACACCUAUAUUUGCUGAACUUUUCACCACAGAUCGAUUUAGAGCUUUACUUACUAACCUUCAUUUCUGUGAUAACCAAAACCAAAUAUCUGGAGAUAGUCUAUAUAAAAUCCGACCAAUUAUUGAUGAAUAA